GAAGUAUUUAUCGUUGUUGCUUAAAUUGAAUAAAAGGGAUUUCAGUCACAUAAUAUACAUGUCGAAGUUGUGUAUUUAAGAAAUCAAGAGAAAUAUCACUUUCCACUCAGAGCAAAAUAACCCAGCUGCAGCCACAAGGGGCGCAUAACUCUUACAACAGUUAAACAAGAUGAACCCAGUUGAAAUGGGAGAUUCAACGGGAUGAAUUCUGAUGAUACUGGAGAGAGGUUGAACGGGAUGAAUCCUGAUGAUAUUGGAGAGACGUUACCAGAGAUGAAUCCUGACGGUAUGGGAGAGAGAUUACCCGAGAUGAAUCCAGCUGAUAUUGGAGAGAUGAAUCCUGAUGAUAUUGGAGAGAGGUUACUCGAGAUGGAACUAUAUGAAUUAAUGUUAAAUUGUGGCAGAUUAGGCGAAAUAGCUGCUCACCAAAGUGUUCAUAUAUCAGAUAUACCGACAACAUUAUCACCCCAGGAAAUGAAUGGAUCUAUAAUUAAAGCUGCUAGACGUGGAAAGUAUAGACUUAUUAUAUAUAUGAUAGAUCAUUGUGUUGAUAUACCGAUACAAUAUGAAGAUAAUAUGGAUAACAAUUUAUUACACAUAGUUUUACAUAGUUACCCUUCACCAUAUCACACUGAGAAUAAAGACGCGUUGUUACAGUGUGUGAUUAAAUUAAUUGAAACUGGUGUAGAUGUCAACCAUCUGAAUAAAUAUAAAGAAACACCUAUAGAUACAGCUGCUAUGUACAGGUUGUAUAACAUUGUUAUAUAUCUGAUAGAUCACUGUGUUGGUAUACAGUAUACUGAUAGGAAACAAUAUAAUGUCUUACACUUAGUUUUAUGUGGUGCAGGGAAAUAUGGUGAAAUAGAAAGAGAUGAGUUGUUAAAGUGUGUAAUUAUAUUAGUGGAAGCUGGUGUAGAUGUCAACCAUCUGAAUCAAUACCAACAAACACCUAUUUUUAUAGCUGCUAGUGAGGGGUUGUAUAACAUUGUUAUAUAUCUGAUUGAUCACUGUGUUGAUAUACAGUAUACUGAUAAGGAACAUAAUAAUGCCUUGCACUUAAUUUUACAUAGUGCAUGGAAAUAUGGUAAAUUAGACAGAGAUGAGAUGUUAAAGUGUGUAAUUAAAUUAGUUGAAGCUGGUGUAGAUGUCAACCAUCUGAAUAACGACCAAAAGACACCUAUAGAUAUAGCUGUUCCCAAGGGAUUAUAUAACACUGUUAUAUAUCUGAUAGAUCAUUGUGUUGGUAUACAGUAUACUGAUAAGGAACAGAAUAAUGUCUUACACUUAGUUUUAUAUAGUGCAAGUCAUUGUGGUGAAAUAGAAAGAGAUGAGUUGUUACAGUGUGUGAUUGAAUUAGUUGAAGCUGGUGUAGAUGUCAACCAUAUGAAUCAAUACGAACUAACACCUAUAGAUAUAGCUGCUAAUAGAGUAUUGUAUAAAGUUUUACUGUAUUUGUUAGGACAUGGGGCACAUGUACAUUAUAUUAAUAAAUAUGACCAGAAUAUUCUGCACCAUGUAUUAAAUAGCAUACAGAAUAUUAACGAGGAAGAUGUAGACCAGUAUUCAGACGAUUGUAUUCAGGUUGUUAAAACUUUGAUAAAUAUGGGAGUAGAUGUAAACAAACCCAAUUUUUCUGGUAACACUCCACUGUUUAAUGCAAUAUCCUGCAUAAAAUCGACUGAAUUAUCAGAACAAAGUAAUAUAUUAUACUUCAGAUUACAAUAUAAUUUGUUUACUGCAUUCUUCAAUGGGGGCUGUAAUAAGAAUCAUCAAAAUAGAGAAGGGCAAACGCUAUUAAUGUACUAUACAAAAAGGCAAGCUGAUAUCCGUAUCUUAAAACUGAUGAUUCAACACUCUGAUUUAAAUCUGAUAGAUAAUAAUGGUAAUACAGCGUGUAGUUAUUGUGUUCAAUAUCGUGAGUUGGAUUGUACUAAUAUAUUUAAACUUUAUUCUCCCCAUGUACUGAUGUCACCUAACAACGGAGUGAAAUUACUGCACCAGAUUCUCGCUCGUAAAAGGUUGCAGCUGUUCAAUUAUUACAUGGGAUUAGAGUUAAUUGUUAAAGGCGUUACAGCAGAAGGAGAAAAUAUGCUACAUCUGUUAGCUAGAGUAAACUAUGAUUAUUCCCCAAAGAGGUUUAACUGGUUGUUUAAUAAAAAGCUAGACAUAAACCAUCGAUGUUCUAAAACCAACACACCCACUAUGAUAGCUGCCCUCUUAUUGAAUAGUAAAUGUUUAGAACUAUUCACACGUCAUCCUAGAAUAGACAUCAAUGCACAGAAUAAACAGGGUCACACAGCUCUUCAUCUAUGUAUCAUUGGAUUUACUCUGAUUAAAGAUGGCUUGAAUGAGAGACAGGAAGAUGACGUUGUUGAGGAUUACUGUAGACAGAUAUAUCCAAUAUACAUGGAGUGUAUUGAUAUUUUAUUGGCUGCUGUUGGUAUCGAUGUAAAUACUCAGGACGGGAGAGGUAGAACGUCUUUGAUGGUGGCGGCAAUGAAAAACGAUAGAUUUCUCAUAAGGAAAUUACUUAAUGCUGGUGCACUGGUUAGUUAUGGUGGAAAAUCUGCUUUACAUCAUCUAGAUAUUUAUGAGAGUGUGUUUGAUCUAAGUUUUAAAAGACUUGUAUCUGCUGGAGAUAAUAUGCUUCUCAAUUUACACUGUAAUAAUGGCGACACACUAAUCCAAGCGACCUUGUGUUUUCCACGUUCUUGGGAUCCACGUACGGCUGUUAGUUUUAUUAAAUAUUUAGUCGGUGAAAACUGCUGUCUUCAGUCUCUUAUUACAUCUUCAGUUGAAAGUAGUUAUAACCAGAUUGAUAUGAGAGAACUCAGCAGUCAAGAGAGAGGUGAACUGAGAAAACUUUUAUAUAUUAGUGGAGCUCCUGAAAACGAAAUUAUAGCAACUUUACAUUUUGAGAAAGAAGAAACAAAUGUAGAGAGAGAUGACAUGGAAAGACUUUUAUUUCUUAGAGGGGCUCCAGAUGAAGAAAUAGCACAACAUUUAAAUUUCCAGGAAGAAGAUAAAGAUGAUCCAAAUGGCACAUUCCACUCACGACACCGAGAGAUAUUCACUAACUACUGUUGUAAUAUAUCUCUCAAGUCUCAGUGUAGGAGAAUCAUCAGACAGAAGCUAGGAUUGGGUAUAAAGGAGAAGGUUAUGGAUCUAGAACUGCCUAGAGAAUUAAACGACUUUCUCCUGUUAAAAGAUGUUCUUCAUCCUAAAGAUUACAACAUAGAUAAUAUUGAUGAUGGUUGUAAUGAUUUUGAUGAUGAUGAUGGUUAUAGUGACUAUGAUAUAGCUAAAGAUGGCGACGAUGAUUAUAGCCAAUAUAACUACCAGUAUUCCACUCUCAAUACUGAUGAUGAGCUCAGAAACGAUUAUGUGAAAUCCAAGAAAUUAACAGUAUUUAACGCCCACAGCCUAGUAAACACAAAGUAAAAUUCUUAAUAUUAGGAAUAAUUUCACUGAUAAAAAUUCCAUUCAUGACCAUGAGAUUGACAUUUCGAGUGCUGUGAACAGAUUUGAAAUAUUGUCUCAGGACGAAAUCUUUCGUGUCAUAAAAUCUAUGCCAACAAAAUCAUGUGCCUUGGACCCAUUGCCAACACAGAUACUGAAAGAUCAGCUUCCGGUAUUACCCCCGACUAUUUGUGACAUCAUAAACUCUUCGUUUAGAUCCGGAACAUUGCCAGAUAUCUAUAAACAUGCCAAUGUAAUCCAUCUCAUCACGAAACCCUCGCUUGAUCCAAACCAAGUCAAGAACUAUAGGCCGGUAUCCAACCUAAGUUUUGUGUCGAAAGUUCUAGAGAAAUCAUCGCAAAAUAAUUGAUUGGUUAUAUAUCUGAAUUUAGUCUUCUCAGCACCUAUCAAAGCGCCUACCGUCAAUAUCAUAGCACAGAAACUGCACUGUUAAAAGUACAAAAUGACAUUCACUUGUACAUUGAUAAUCAAAGCUGUGUGUUAUUGCUGCUUUUAGAUCUUUCUGCAGAAUUUGACACGGUUGACCACAAGGUGCUGUUCUCACGACUUGCUGGUGAAUUUGGUGUAACUGGUUUAGCUCUUGAACUACUUAAAUCUUAUUUAACAAAUCGUUCCCAAUCUGUCAUUAUACACAACAAACAAUCUGACAAAAAAGAUCUGAGCUUCGGUGUACCCCAGGGCUCAGUUUUAGGCCCUAUAUUGUUCAGCAUAUACACCACCCCAUUGUCCAAAAUUAUUGAGAAACAUGGUCCGCAGUUCCAACUCGACGCAGAUGACACUCAGUUGUAUCUGUCUUUUAAACCCUCUCUGUCUGGAGAUUUCAAUACAUCAAAAUAUCAAAUUGAAGAGUGUAUUAGUGAAAUUCGUGUAUGGAUGUGAAUCAAUUUCCUUAAACUGAACUACGAAAAGACUAAAUAUAUUCUUUUUGGAUCAAACAGUUUAGUGUCUAAGUUGGUGAGCAUGAAAUAAUCCCAACAUCCUCAGCCUGUAACAUUGGUGUUAUCUUUGACAGUGAACUAUCCUUGGAGAAACAAAUUAGCAAUAUUUGCAGAUCUUGUUAUUUUCAACUGAGGAAUAUAAGUAAAAUCAGUAAAAAUUUGCAAGUUGAGUCCAUCAAAACUGUUGUUCAGGCGCUUGUCACAUCACGAUUAGAUCAAUGUAAUUCGUUGCUUAUUGGUUUACCAUCUCGUCUCACUGAUAAAUUGCAAAAGGUUCAGAACGCGGCAGCUUGACCCAUUACCAGAAGUAUAUAAUGAUCAUAUCACCCCUGUUUUAAUUCAACUUCACUGGUUACCCAUUGUUUUUAGAAUUCAAUAUAAGGUCAUUCUUUUAACUUUUAAAUGUUUAAAUCAUAUGGCACCGUUGUAUUUAUCGUCUCUUUUAGAUAUUUAUUCCCCUACUCGUACAUUGAGGUCCUCAAGUGAUCAUUAUUCACUUGUCUGUAAAACAGCUAAACUGAAAACUUACGGUGAACGAUCGUUUACAGUGUAGGCCCAUACACUGUGGAAAUAGCUCCCCUUUACUCUCAGAAGUUCUACCUCUUUGUCGAGUUCUACCUCUUUGUCGAGUUUUAAAUCGCAAUUGAAAAAACACUUUUAUUUAAACAAGCUUUUGAUUUAUAGAUUUAUUUUUACCGCUUUAAAUUUAAUCAAUUAUUAUAGAUUUUUAAAUGUAUGUUUUAAUUUUAAUUUUUUUUAUGUAAUGUAUAUUGUACAGCGCAUCUGAACACAUUUUGUGAAAACGUGCGCUAUAUAAAUGAUAAUAAUAAUAAUAAUAAUAAUAAUAAUAAAAACAAAUUGCACUGUAGAUGUUAUCUUUUGAUUAUCAUGCAGUAGGGUAUUGUGGGUGUAUGAAUACAAGUCUCCAGAAAUCGGCACCUUGAAGGGUUCUAUAUAAUUGGCAGGAAUUCAAAAUUUGAAGAACAUUUAAAUAACGACUAAACCGGUGACUUCUCACCAUAGAAUGUAUUAUGGACAUGCCUAGAAACAUGCAAUCUCCUAAGCAGAGUUAUCUUCUCUUGUAGUUCACAGUUCGAAUGCUGAAUAGCGAGACUUGUGUUGAGAAUGAGAAACAUGUACCCAACGAGUUUUAUGUCUGACGUCAUUAUGCCAUAUCGUCAUUAUUGCAUCAUAAUAAUGUAGAGGUAACGACCACUAUAGAUCAGUGGUUAUGUCUGACGUCAUUAUGCCAUAUCGUCAUUAUGGCGUCAUGCUGAGGCUCCGCAACCAGUACGAAGUCCGAACUACGAACACGGCUUCGUAGGCCUACUUCGUACUUCGUUUUUGACAGAUUUCCGUUUCUGCCAAAAUGCGAAGUCCGAAGUACGAUCUUUAGUUCCACGUUUGUUCACCUGAAAUAAGGAAUAACACUGUUUAGUUUGGUUAAAUAAAAACUAUCAAAUCAAAUCAAAUUUUAGUCCUCAAGAAGCUCAUUGCAAUUUGUUUUACUUUUUAUCAAAUUCGAGAUGAUUCGAUCUCAUCGCCGACUGUCGGGGGAAAAAAAAAACACAGCCCGAAAAUUUGCCCAAAAUCAGAACAGUUACCGACUACUUUGACGCUGAUCAACCUUCUACUGAAUUAUAAAUUUCAAUCUUUCUAUAAACCGAAAAAUAUACGAAUUUCAUCCACAAAUCAGCGAGAAGAUCACGAUGUCGUACUUCGUUUUUUAACCACGAACUUUUCGCGAUUUCUUAGUAGAAAAUGGACGAACCGAACGCCGCUUAUGUCAAUGACAUCACACGAAGUGAUGACGUCAGCACAUAAACACUUCGUAGUUCGUAGUGUCUGCGGAACCUCACUAUUGUAGAGCUAACGACGAGUAUGCGAAGAGACGAUUUUACGACCAUUUCUCUGGCAUACCCAUCGCUAACGGGAAUAGAAAUAAACAUAAGAAAUAUCAUCAAAUAAAAUCUUUCAAAUGUUGACAACGAAAUGAAGCCAUCUUCUUCAUCACUGUUUUUCUGCAUGUAACAGUUCAAAGUAUUGCCAGAACAUUCAGGGCUAUGGUACAUUCUAACCCAACUUUCUGCACUCUGUUUUAUAACCACAUCUGUUUGUGUUGUUCUUUUUUUUUGUGGGGUGGGGGGUGGAUGGCCAAAUGCAUCCUAAGGUCUGCCAUUGACUCAACUGGCGUGGUUUCAAUUCCCCGGCUGAACCCUACGCGCAAUUGAAAUAAAAUUGCGCCAUGUGUUGGUCCCGAAAUGACCUAGUUUGUAUCGAGUCGACGAUAAACCCAUCCUCUCUCUCUCUCUCUCCCUCUCUCUUUAUCUCUCUCUCUCUCUCUCUCUCUCUCUCUCUCGCUCGUUUGUGUUAUGGCUUUAUUUUAGCUAAUUUUUAAAAGCCUGAUAAUAAACUUACCUCAUUGACUAAGAAUGGAUAUAAAGGAGAUUUCAAUGAUUUUCUUCUAUAAAGGUUAUAACAUGUACUAUAUCGGUUGAUGAUCGGUGAUGAUGAUGAUGAAUAUCAAUUAUUUUUAAUGAUAAUAAUAAUAAUCUGAAUACUAAUGGUAGAAUCGUAGAUAGUUUAAUAUCUAAAUACUAUUAUAUGGAAUAACACAAAUGCGUUCAAGUAGUUCAUGAAAAUAAUCUUGAUAAUAUGAAAUGUAGCUAUCAUGCAUAUUGUUCUUGUACAUGUAUAUAAAAUAUAUUCUGUCAUGUUUAUACAUAUAUAUUGUUCUUGUAUAUAAAAUAUAUUCUGUCAUGUUUAUAAAUAUAUAUUGUUCUUGUAUAUAAAAUAUAUUCUGUCAUGUUUAUAAAUAUAU